AUGGGUCCAAUCUUACGACACCUCACUUUCGCCACGGUUCUGGAGGUGCUCUUCUCGACCGUGGAUGUCCUCAAACUCGCCCAGGCCACUCUGCAGUUCAUGUGCGACCAUGUGAGGCCCAUCCUCGAAUCGCCUCAACUUCACCUCAUCCUCUUCAAGUUCCUUCUGAAGGAGCUUCUGCGUGUCCACGCUGGAUUGAAGCUCAUACUCAGCGCGAUCGGAGCUCUGCUAGGAACCCUUGUCGCAACUCUUUGUUGGGCUCUGUUCCUCCUCAUAACCGGCGGUCACUGGGGACAUCGGUUGACACUGAACCGCCUUUGCAUCUACCUUGUCUUCUUCCUGCCCAUCGCUCCCGCGCCUAUUUUGAUCUUGCUGGGUUUUGCGGAGGACGUCUUCAGCCCGACCGCCUAUUGCACAGCCAUUCAUUUGGCCGUCUAUACGUGUGCCAUCCAACUCGCACUCGUGUAUCCAACAGCAACGAUCAAUCGGGAUAGUGUACCCGAACUACCUGAGGAAGAGAUCGUUAUGCUGCACAUGGCCAGCAACACUCUCGCUAUGCUCGUACUCAACUUGCGCAACGGGUGUGGGUUCAGUUUGACGCUGAAGUUCCUUGAGCACGGAGGGCCCCUGGACGCCGGAAACGUCUUUGCCCUCACAUCAUCCCUGUACUUCCUGACACGCGGCCCCUACCUCGUUUUCCUGUUCGGUCUGAGGGGUGCUCGACCUGUGCGCGCACAGCUUCAGGAUUAUGGGAAGAUCGCGGACGACGAGCUUCGGCCGCUUGAUCUCAUCUGCCUUGUCUACCUCUUCUGGGCGCCUUCUCUGUGCAAGGCGGUCGAUGCUGCCGACUAG